UCCCAAGAUGAAAACAUAAGUUUUUAGCCUUGCGCAGACAAGUAUUUCAAGAGACUGAGUGCUUCUAUCCCAUUAGGCAUCACCGUGAACAAAUUCAGCAUUAAAAGUCAUCAGUCAGAAUCCCGAAGGCCUGAGAAAAUAUGUUCUCCAGUACUUGCUUCUGAUCUUCUGCCUCAGUCAGCAAGAGGCACCAUGAAAUUAGAAUUCGCUGAGAAAAACUACAACAGUUUUGUGCUGCAGAACUUGAACAAACAGAGGAAACACAGAGAGUACUGGGACAUGGCCCUGACUGUGGACCAUCAUGUCUUCUUUGCACAUCGCAAUGUGCUGGCUGCUGUCUCUCCACUGAUGAAGAGCCUCAUCUCCAGCAAUGUCAUGAAGACCACUGAUGAGCUCUUUAUCACCAUUAACCCCAACUACCUGAGUCCAACCACAGUGGACCAGCUCCUGGACUACUUCUACAGCGGCAAGGUGGUCAUCUCAGAGCAGAACGUGGAGGAGCUCCUUCGCGGGGCCCAGUAUUUUAACACACCGCGACUUCGAAUCCACUGCAAUGACUUCCUGAUGAAGACCAUCCGCCACGCCAGUUGCUUGCGCUACCUCUUCUUGGCUGAGUUGUUUGAGCUCAAACAGGUAUCAGACUUGGCCUACUCUGGUAUUCGCGAUAAUUUCCAUUACUGGGCUAGUCCUGAGGGCUCCAUGCAUUUCAUGCACUGUCCACCUGUCAUCUUUGGCCGCCUGCUCCAAGAUGAAAAUUUGCAUGUGCUCAAUGAGGACCAGGCUCUCAGUGCACUCAUCAAUUGGGUGUACUUCCAGAAGGAUGAGCGGGAAAAGUAUUUCAAGAAGUUCUUUAAUUACAUUAAUCUUAAUGCUGUCUCCAAUAAGAUGCUGAUGUUUGCUAGCAACAAGCUGAUGGGCAUAGAGAACAGCUCAUCCCAUGGAACCCUGAUUGAGAGUGUUCUCAUGGACCGGAAGCAGGAGAGGCCAUGCAGUUUGCUGGGCUACCAGCGGAAAGGAGCCCUGAUUGAUUCGGUGGUCAUCCUUGGUGGCCAGAAGGCCCAUGGCAAGUUCAAUGAUGGAAUGUUUGCCUAUAUAAUCCAGGAGAACCUGUGGUUGAAGCUCUCAGAGAUGCCCUAUCGGGCAGCAGCACUUAGUGCCACCUGUGCUGGUCGCUUCAUCUACAUUUCUGGUGGCACCACUGAGCAGAUUUCAGGGCUGAAGACAGCCUGGCGGUAUGACAUGGAUGACAACUCCUGGACCAAGUUGCCUGACCUACCCAUUGGGCUUGUCUUCCACACCAUGGUGACCUGCAGGGGGACAGUUUACUCGGUGGGUGGGAGCAUUGCCCCAAGGCGGUAUGUCUCCAACAUCUAUCGCUAUGAUGAGCACAAGGAGGCCUGGUGCCUGGUGGGAAAGAUGAGCAUCCCUAUGGAUGCCACAGCGGUGAUCACCAAAGGUGACAGGAACCUGUACAUUGUCACUGGACGGUGCUUGGUGAAGGGCUACAUCUCCCGGGUUGGAGUGGUGGACUGUUUUGACACCAUAACUGGUGAUGUAGCCCAGUGUAUCACCUUCCCCAUUGACUUCAGCCACCAGCCCCUGCUCUCUUUCCAUGACGACAACAUCCUCUGUGUGCACAGCCAUCAGCAAAGUGUGGAAAUCAACCUGCAGAAGGUAAAGGCCAGCAAGAUGACCACCUCUGUGCCACUCUUGCCCAACAACUGCCCCUUGGAUGUGUCCCAUGCUAUCUGCUCCAUUGGUGACAGCAGAGUGUUUGUAUGUGGGGGUGUCACCACAGCCAGAGAUGCGCAGACGAAGGACUACAUCAUUAAUCCCAACGCCUACUUGCUGGACCAAAACACAGGCAAGUGGAAGACCCUGGCCCCCCCACCAGAGGCACUAGACUGUCCUGCCUGCUGUCUAGCCAAGCUACCUUGCAAGAUUCUUCAAAGGCGUUAAACAACUUUUUAAGUGGGAGAAUAAGCAAAUGCUUUAUUAUUCACAAUUUAAUGAGAGAGAAAGGAAGAUGGCCUGUUGUUUCCUUCUUAGUGUUCUAGUCUCUUUUUCCUGAAGGUGGUGAUCCAGGCUAAGGAUGCUCCCAGUGGGUGGACAUUCAGGGGUCCUCGGUGACUAGAGGGAUCCAAGCAGAAGCUGGAAAGGAAUCCUCAUGGGUGGGACGGAGACAUCUGAGCACUGGCCAAGGUGGUAUCUGGGAAGCCCCCUGUCUUAUCUUUCCUAUGGUCACUCGCUGACACUGGCUAAACUAACAGGUAAAGCACUUGCUUAGAGUACGAAGCCUCAGACUCCUCCAGCACUCACUGGUCCUCCUGGAAAGGGAGGAGAGAGCCCACAGCAGGUCUGGGGAAGAGCCUCAUGCCCACUGGCAGGUGAAAGUGGUGUGGGCAGGGCUCAGGGAUGAGGGCAGAGGGAAGGCCAGAGGCAGGGCUACUAGACUGCUGUAUUUAUGUACACGUCAGACUAGGCUGGUAUGAUGUGUUUGUGUCUCAUUUUAUGGUAAAGGUGGGACGUUACUAAGCAACCCAGUAAGCAGGGUUCAUUGAGAACUUUCUCUGGGAAUAUAAAUGUCUGAAGGUCUGGAGUGAAGAGAGGUCAGUAAAGGGAGUUGCCCCUUAUGAGAGGUUUCAGUUACCUACUGUCAGCCUUGGUCCGGAAGCAGAUGAUCCUCCUCCUGAUGAGUCUUCAGAAGGUUAAUGUAUGCUACUGUAUCACAGUGCCUACGUCAUUCACUUCACUUCAUCUCAUCAUGUAGGCAUUUUAUCAUCUCACAUCAUCACAAGAAGAAGGAUGAGUACAGUACAAGAAGAUACUUUGAGAGAGAUACAGAGACCACAUUCACACUUGCUACACUGUGUUGUUGUACUUGUUCUGUUUGACUUUUGGUUACUAUUAAUUUCUUACUGUGCCUAGUUUACACAUUAAACACCAGAGACGGUUGGAGCAUCAGCUGUGGUGGGUGGCAUCUGGAGUCAAGGGACUCAGUGGUCAGCUAAGCCUGGAUGUGGGGCAAGGGUCCAGGUUCUUGCGCCCUUAUAUUAAGUAAAUUCCAAUAAAAUGCUCCCUGAGACUCCCUAACUCACAGCCUUGGUGAGCUUUCCCCGAUUUUAACUACCUCUGUUUCCCUUCCAUUUAUUUGUGUACCUAUGUAUAAUCUUCAACAAUUUAGAAGAAACUGAGCAAGUCCUUAAAAACCAUAUAUAAUGCUAUUUAUCCAUUGACUUAUUCAUUCAUGAGUUUACUUACUCAUCCACUCAUCAGUUCUCAUACACAUGCACGCAUACACACACACCAUUCACAGAGACCUCUCUCUGUAGCUCCUUGUCGGAGGUGAUGGGGCCACAGUCUUGACACAGACAAGCCAUGCUCCAGGAAGGAUUAUCUAUACCAGUGCUAUGCAACAGGAAUACAAUGUAAGCCACAGAUGUAAUUAAAAAUGUUAUAGUACCCACAUUAAAGUAAAAAUAACUGAAGUUAAUUUAAAUAAUAUAUUUGAUUUAACACAAUUUAUCCAAAAUAUCACUUAAGUAAGCAAUGUAAACAUUUAUUAAUGAGAUAUUUAUUUUCAUGCUAAGUUUGGUGUUUGGUGUGUAUUUUA